AAAACCCCAACUGUUAAACCUGAGGCCGAGCCGAAGCUCAUACUCUUCCUCAGCCAACCUCUCUUUUGCGCUCCUUUCUAUCUCGCCGCCAAUCACCACCACCCUCGCCGCCCGUCACCACCUCUGUCGCCGCCUCAUCGUCGUUUUCAUCUCUAUUUCCCUUACAUACCGUUAUACCAGAGGGUUUAACCCAACAUUCCAGAAUUAUAUUUCACUAAUUGAUAAUCCCUCUCCUUAACUUUGAAGCACGAAUCCCUAGUUUUUGCAUCAGUGUCAAAAAUCCAGCAAGAAGAAGCUGAAUUAAUUACAAUGGGGGACUCAAAUCAAAGCUCACGAUUGACAUGGGAAGGUUGCAGUGUGUUGCUUGACAUUAACGAUGGCGAACGUCUUGUUUUCGCUCGCCUUUCUCCCGCCGCGACUUUAAAGAUUGGCAAGAAAAACUGUUCUUUGCAGCCAAUUGUUGGUUGCCCUUUUGGUUCAUCAUUUCGUGUCGAAGAUGGGAAAGAUGGCCCAUAUUUAUCUCUUGUUGUAGCUACUGAAGGAGGUAAUAUUCAGGAUGAAGAGAAUGUGACAUGUGAAGAAUUGAAAGAUAAUAGAGCAUUAGUUGAUAACAAUACUGCUCAAAGUCUAACUGGAGAUGACAUAGAUGAGAUGCGAAGACAAGGUGUAACAGGCGACCAAAUAGUGGAAGCUUUGAUUGCCAAUAGCACAACUUUUGAGAAGAAGACAUCUUUCUCACAGGAGAAGUAUAGGCUUCGUAAGCAAAAGAAAUAUGCUCCCAGGGUACUUGUUAGGCGUCCUUUUGUUCGCAGCAUAUGUGACGCAUACUUCAGAAAAUAUCCUGAUAGAAUUGGUUGUUUGCGAUCAGAUUCUUUAGCUCUUCUUCUUUCAAUGGCCAAUGUUGCUGCAUACUCAGAUGUCCUGGUGGUAGAUAUGGUCGGUGGGAUUGUUACUGGAGCUGUGGCAGAACGUUUAGGAGGUACUGGCUAUGUUUGCAACAUGCAUCUGGGUGUUACACCUCAUUCUAUGGAGAUAGUAAGGAUCUUCAAUUUCAGUAAUGACAUAUGCAAACGAAUAGUUCGUUGUUGUCUCAAUGACCUAUGCCCUGGUCAAAAUGGAAGCCAUGCACAGAUCCAGAACAUGGAAAGUGAAUCAGUGAACCAACUAGAUGUCAUGGAAGGGGGCAUUUCUGUAAAGGAAAAUAGGACAACAGUUGAUGCUUCCAACAAAACAGCUAAACGGGACCCCACGACUAACAAAGCAAUUAAAGCAGGAGAAGUGGCUUCAGAAGAGCUUAUUGGUUUGUGGAAAGAACGCGGUUUCUCUAGCUUAAUAGUUGCCGCACCUGAUCUGGAUGUAUGGAGCAUAAUGCAAAAGCUACUACCUCAUUUGGCAUACUCAGCCCCUUUUGCAAUUUAUCACCAAUAUCUCCAGCCACUUGCAGAAUGCAUGCACAAUUUACAAAGAGAGAAAAUAGCAAUUGGAUUGCAAAUCUCAGAACCCUGGCUCCGAGAAUAUCAGGUACUUCCAUCGAGAACUCAUCCGCGUAUGCAGAUGAGUGCAUUUGGUGGAUAUAUUCUCAGUGGGACUGUGAUCUGCACGAGUGAAUCUGAUGUUCAAUAAUCCCAUCUACGUGGGGGUGACAUUUUAGAUAGAUGAUAGUGUUGUCUUACCUCCUAAGCCACUGCUUAGGCGGUGCUCUGCUUCCUGUUUCUUUUUAUUUUUUAAUCACUUUCUUUUAAAGGAUGUAUAUUAAAAUUUUGACAUUUGCAAUCAAUUGUUUAAGUAUGAAGUUUGUGAUAAAAUUAGAAUUUAGGUAGCCACUGAAAAAUCUGUUCUAUGUGAUAGUGAAAUACCAAUCGUAUGAGGCUAAAAUUAUUUUGGAGGAACUAGGUUCUCAAGCUUUACUUUUGGAUAUGUAUAUCAAAAUAUAAUGCUUUUAUAAAAUUGAGGAAUUAAAUUCUA